AUGGAGUACAUGGACAGUGGGCCGAGAUAUACCCCUAAAAAGGAUACAGAAUGGGACGCCGCAGAUCAAUUCCUGCCUGCGUCCGACAACAAAAAAUUCGAAAAGAAGAAGGGACCAGGCAAAGUGGGAGCGGUGAUCGGCGUGGUCAUCUUCGCUGCAGUCGUGGCUCUAAUGGCCGGUCUUCUGGUCUGGCACUUUCACUUUCGUAAAGACGUCAGGGUCAAGAGAAUGUACACCGGCUCUUUGAAAAUCACCAACCAGGUUUUUGAAGAUGCUUAUGAGAACUCCAGCAGUCUGGAAUUCAAAGCCUUGGCCAAAGAGGUCACUAAACAGCUCAAACUGGUCUACUCCAAAGUACCACAACUGGCCAAGUACUAUGUCGGUUCUACAGUCCAGGCAUUCAGUGAAGGCAGUGUGAUCGCCUACUAUUUGUCUGAGUUCAACGUUCCGGCGGGUCAAGAGGCAGCUGUCGACAAUGCAAUGACCACAAUCAACCAGCAGGUGGAUAAGGAGCGCAGUUCUAUUAACAGACAAGGCAACGCUCUGGUCCUCGAUGAUGUGGUGUCAUCAGCCCUCGAUACUCGCCUGCUUUCAACAGCAUUAAAACAAUUGAGGUUUACUGAACAUACCAGGACCAACUUCAUUGGGACGAUUCAGUCUCCUGGUUUUCCCGACAGUCCGUACUCUCCAAACACAUUCAUUCAGUGGCAGCUGAGAGCCGAUCCUGGAUACGUGAUCCAGUUGGACUUCGACACCAUGAACCUGGAGGAAAACUGCAAAAAUGACUUUGUGAAAAUCUAUGACUCUCUUGUGGCAAUUGAAAGCAGAGUUUUGGAAGAAUUGUGUGGAUAUUAUUCACCAAGUGAGCCAAUGACUUUCCUCUCCUCAAGUAACGUCAUGUUGGUGACUAUGGCAACAAAUGAGGAAGAAAACUAUCCUGGGUUUAGAGCACAAGUCUCUCAAGUCAAGCGGGGCAGUAAAGGGACGACAUGUGGAGGUCAACUUUUAGGCGAAAAGGGUUCUUUUAUGUCUCCAAAUUUCCCCAAUUAUUAUCCCCCUGACACACUGUGCCAAUGGACCAUUACGGUCCCUGAAGGUAAGGCAGUGAAGGUGACCUUUAACAAGUUUCUUUUGGGGGAGCCUGGACAGGAAAGUAGUAAGACUUGUCUCAAAGAUUAUGUGGACAUAAAUGGGGAAAAGAAGUGUGGCGAAAAGCCAGUGAGAACUGUGUCUGAAACCAGCAAAGACAACAAAAUGACCAUCACCUUUUACUCUGAUCGAUCCUAUGUGGACCGUGGCUUCGACGCAGAGUUCAAGGCCGUGGACAUGAAAGAUCCUUGUCCAGAGCAGUUCCAGUGCAAAAACCAGCGCUGCAUCAAGUCUAGCCUCAAGUGUGACGGAUGGAACGACUGCGGAGACAUGAGCGACGAGCUUAAGUGCUCCUGCAACUCAACAUAUAUCUCCUGCAAGAAUGGGUUUUGUAAGCCACCCUUCUGGAAAUGUGACGGCAUCGACGAUUGUGGAGACGGCACAGAUGAACAGAACUGUGAUGAAUGCCCGACUGGACAGUUUAUGUGUAAGGACAAAAAGUGCCUUUCAGAGAAGCAGCGCUGCGACGGCAGAAACGAUUGUGGUGAUGGAUCAGAUGAAGUCGGGUGUAACAGAGGCACCGGCUCUUCUGUCACUUGCACAGAGAGUACCUAUAAAUGUAAAAACAACAAGUGCAUCUCAAAGGUGAAUCCUGAAUGUGAUGGGGAGGACGAUUGUGAAGAUGGCUCCGACGAGGAAAACUGCGAAUGUGGUCGGAGUGCAUUCAAGACGUCUCGUAUCGUGGGCGGCGAGGAUGCUGAAGCGGGGGAGUUUCCGUGGCAGGUCAGCUUACAUGUCGCGGGCUACGGCCACGUGUGCGGAGCGUCCAUUAUUAGUCCCCAAUGGCUGGUCACUGCGGCCCACUGUGUGCAAGAUGAUGGAAAGACAAGGUUUUCUCAGCCUGGCACUUGGGAGGCAUUCCUUGGCCUCCACAUCCAGCAAAAAAUAGGUUCUAUGGUGGUAAAGAGGACACUGAAGCAGAUCAUCCCCCACCCGUACUAUAACCACUACACCUUUGAUAGUGAUAUUGCAUUGAUGGAGCUGUCGAGUCCUGUGGAGUACUCGGACUUCAUUAAACCCAUCUGCUUACCUUCUCCACAACAUGACUUUCCCACGGGCAGCACGGUGUGGAUCACAGGAUGGGGCGCGACUCGAGAAGGAGGAUUUGCAGCCAGUGUCUUACAAAAGGCUCAGGUGCGAAUGAUCAACCAGGACGUGUGUAACAAACUGAUGUCUGGGCAGCUCACCUCUCGAAUGGUGUGUGCUGGAGUACUCACUGGAGGAGUGGAUGCGUGCCAGGGAGACUCCGGUGGUCCUUUGUCCUUUCCAACCGGGACUCGAAUGUUCCUGGCUGGAGUGGUCAGCUGGGUGUCAAGAUCUCACUGGGUGUGCAGCAGGUAA